AUGCUGGCAUCAGCCCAGAACCAAGAAGAAUUGUCAAAGUACGCCCUGUCCGCACAGUUGCAGGGUGCAAAACACAAUAGUAUUUUCCAGUAUGCUAAGAAGUUGUUUCUUAGUGAGCAGGCAGGCCGGAUCCACCUUCAAGAACUUGCACGAAAGAAUAUCGCUAAUGCGCUAUCUCUUACAAACCUCAUGAUGGGACUCUCUUCAAUUCUGUGUAGCUUAAAUGAGCACCACCAUUGCGCUUGCUGGCUUCUCUUUUUUGGGUUUCUGCUUGACCUAGCUGAUGGAGCUGUUGCAAGACAACUUAAUGCAUGUUCCGUUCUUGGAGCUAAACUGGAUGACUUUGCAGAUUUUACAACAUUUGGAAUUGCAACCUCACUCCUGCUGCAGGCCCAUGGCAUUCUGGAUGGUGUGAUUGUCAUCUGCUACGUUAUGGCUGUGUUUACGCGUCUCUGCUUCUUUUCUAGUGGUAUCCCAUUUGUUUACCGUGGCCUACCAUGUCCUUAUGCCUCAGCUAUCCUAGCUUGUACCUUUUUAUUGACUGGAGGAAAUCGCAUUCUCCUGUAUGUUGCUGCAGUGGUGAUGAUCCUCUUCAUGACUGACCAUGGCAACUACCCCCAUGACAAGGUCCUUGAAUCACAAGUCUGGAAAAAAAUAGUUUACAUUGGUGGUCUGAUGAUGCUAUUUUGCUGUCCGCUACGGCUUGCCUGCAUAUACUUCCUGAUUUGGUGUUUCUCCUAUACCCUCUUCCCAUCUACUUUGUGGAAUUGCAAAUGUUAA